UCCGCUUCCACGUGAUGCUGGUGUCUCCGAGGCGUUUGCAUGUGGAUUGCCUUCUCUCCCGUUUCAGCCACCACCGAGACUAGAGUCCCGCGUCCCGGGCCGGACUCUGCCUUGUGACGUGCUGAGCCUUAACCAAAAGGAGGGCAUGGCCCCUGUGCUUCUGACUGCCCAGACCCAGCAGGAAUCAGUUACAUUCAAUGAUGUUGCUGUGGAAUUUACUUGUGAGGAAUGGAGACACCUGGCCCCUCCUCAGAAAGAGUUGUACAGAGAUGUGAUGCUGGAGAACUAUAGGAAUCUAGUCCGCCUUGGACUUGCAGUUUCCAAGCCAGAUGUGAUCUCCCAGUUGGAGCGAAGGGAAGCACCCUGGACACCAGGAGGGACCCAGAGAAGUAGCUGUCCAGAUUGGGAGGCUACUCAUGAAACUAAGGAGUUUGCGCUAAAGCUGGGGAUUGCAAUAGAAGAAUCAUCCCAGGAGAGAGGCAUGGGGGAGGUUCUCCAUUUAUCCACCUUGGAAGAAACCUGGGAAGAUGAUGAUACUACAUUAGAAAGCGAGCAGAACAAUGAAGAAAAACGUUUUUGGAAUGUAAAAAUAGUUCAAAAGAAAGGUGCAAAUAAGUCAAGAAGUUACAAAUAUGACAGAAGCUUCAGUCUAGGGCACGUUUCUUAUGUGCGACAGAGAUCGUCUUUAGGAAUGAGCCUCCUUAAACGAGAUACAAAAAGAAAGCACUUCAGACUUUCUACAGACCUAAGAAAAUAUAAUAGAAUGUAUUCAAAGAAGAUAUUUUCCAAAUAUAAUGACUAUGGGAAAUUCUUUAAACAUAAUGCAGACUUUACUGAACAUCAUAGGCUGCAUGAUGAAGAAAAACGUUAUCAAUGUAAUGAAUGUGGUAAAGCCUUCAGCCAGAGAGCCAGUCUUAUUCAACAUCAUAGAAUUCAUACUGGAGAGAAACCUUUUGAAUGUAAUGUGUGUGGGAAGGCUUUCCGCCAGAGCACUGGACUUAAUCAACACCAGACAGUUCAUACUGGAGAGAAACGUUAUGAGUGUAAUGAAUGUGGAAAGGCCUUCCGCCUGAGAAAACAGCUGAUUCAGCAUUAUAGAAUUCAUACUGGAGAAAAACCUUAUGAGUGUAAUGAAUGCGGGAAAGCCUUCCGCCAGAGCUCGCAACUUACUCAACAUCAGACAAUUCAUACUGGAGAGAAGCCAUAUGAAUGUGCUGAAUGUGGGAAGGCCUUCCGCCUGAGAACAUUACUUAUUCAACAUCAUAAAAUUCAUACUGGAAAGAAACCUUAUAGAUGUAAUGAGUGUGGGAAGGCCUUCCGCCUCAGUUCACAGCUUAUUCAACAUCAGACAGUUCAUAAUGGAAAGGAACCUUAUGUAUGUAAUGUAUGUGGAAAGGCCUUUCAUCAGAGAGCUCAACUUAAUCAACACCAGACAGUCCAUUUUGGGGAGAAGCCUUAUGAAUGUAAUGAAUGUGGGAAGACCUUUCGCAAUAGUACAUGCCUUAUUCAACAUCAGACAAUUCAUACUGGGGAGAAACCUUAUGAAUGUCGUGAGUGUGGAAAAGCCUUCAGAUUGAGCUCUUAUCUUACACGGCAUCAGAGAAUUCAUACUGGAGAGAAGCCUUAUAAAUGUGAUCAGUGUGGGAAGGCUUUCUGCCAGAGCUCACAGCUUACUCAACAUCAGACCAUUCAUACUGGAGAGAAACCUUAUGCAUGUAAUGAAUGUGGGAAGGCCUUUAGUCAGAAAACAGAACUUACCAGGCAUCAGACAAUUCAUACUGGAGAGAAACCUUAUGCCUGUAAUGAAUGUGGGAAGGCUUUCCGCCGGAAAGCAGGACUUGUUGAGCAUAAGAUAAUUCACACUGGAGAGAAAACUCAUAGAUGUAAUGAAUGUGGGAAGGCCUUUCGCUGGAAGACAGGACUUACUAUUCAUCAGAAAAUUCAUAGUGGAGAAAAGCAGUAUGAAUGUAAUGAAUGUGGCAGUGCUUUCCGCCUGAAAAGACAGCUUACUCAACAUCAAAGGCUUCAUACUGGUGACAAACUUUGUGAAUGCGAUCAAUGUGGGAUGGUGUUUAGCCAGAGUAGAAACCUUAUUCGACAUCAGAGAAUCCAUAGUGGAGAAAAACCUUAUGAAUGUAAUGAAUGUGGGAAGGCCUUCCGUUUGAAAGCACGGCUUACUAAACAUCUGACAGUUCAUACUGGUGAGAAACAUUUUGAAUGUAGUGAAUGUGGGAAGGCCUUCCGCCAGAAGACACAUCUUACUGAACAUCAGACAAUUCACAGUGGUGAGAAGCCAUUUGAAUGUAAUGAAUGUGGGAAGGCCUUCCGCUUGAGAACACAGCUUAUUCAACAUCAUAGAAUCCAUACUGGUGAGAAACCAUUUGAGUGUAAUGUAUGUGGCAAGGCUUUCAGUCACAGGACAGAACGUAAUCGACAUUAUAGAAUUCAUACUGGAGAGAAACGUUAUGAAUGUAAUGAAUGUGGGAGGGCCUUCCGCUUGAGCACACACCUUACACGGCAUAAGAGAAUUCAUACUGGUGAGAAACCUUAUGAAUGCAAUGAAUGUGAAAUGGCCUUCCGCCUGAAAGCACAACUUACUCAUCAUCAGAGAAUUCAUACUAGAGAGAACCUUUAAGAAGGUUAUCAUUUAGGAAAGGCUUUCUUCUGAAACAAACAAUAUUAAUACAGAACAAAAAAAGCUUGUCUAUGUUAUUAAUAUAGAAUGUCUUUUAGCGAGAUAACUUAUGAAAUAGUAAGAAUUUCUUGCUCAGAAGCCAUAUGAAUAUAAGGAAAGGCAUAAAAGAACUGAACAAAAGGGAAACUCCAUAGGUGAAACAGAUUGUUUUCUGUUUUCCCAUAGCAGUGGGACCUUUUUCUUUCUCUUCAAAGCCCUCUCCAAGUUCUUCCCCAAACCCCAGUACUUCAGUUGAUUUAGAUUUUUUAUUAACUUAGACAUUUACAUCAUGGAACUUCAGCUUCAUCUACAAUUCAGCAAGUAUGAAUUCUUCACUUUCUGUCAAACUCCCUGCAAAAUUUCAUUUAGAAUAAAAAGGUCCAUUUUCCAUUGG